GCUGCGUUUAAAGAGGGUGUGGCAAAUCUGCAGAAACGUGGUAUGAUGGGAGGCCACGGUUAUAUAUUUCUCAUGGUCCCGAACUCGAUAUCUGCGUCUUCAUUAUUCAGUAAUACACCAUCCAUAGGAGAUCAUCAGAGUUUGGAAACCAAAGGUUGAACCGAUUCCAGCAACUUGAUCCGAUGGCUGGAGUUUUACCUAGCAUAUCUGAUAUUCGUUGUGAGGUUCCCGAACUUAGAGGAGAUAACUUUAAGAUAUGGAAGGAGAGAAUUCUUCUUCAAUUAGGGUGCAUGGACAUAGACUAUGCCAUAAGGAAAGAUGAACCACAUAAGAUCACUGAUACCAGCACACCUGAACAAAUUUUGUUGUACGAACGCUGGGAGAAAUCUAAUCGCCUUAGCGUGAUGUACAUUAAGACAAAAAUCAGUGCUGGUAUACGUGGUUCAAUCGAGCAACAUGAAAAUGUUCGUGAAUUGCUAAAGGCUAUUGACGAGCAAUUCGUCACUUCAGAUAAAGCCUUGGCAAGCACCCUAAUUAUGAAGUUCACAUCCUUGAAGCUCACCGCUAUAAGAGGUGUGCGUGAACAUAUCAUGGAGAUGAGGGACAUUGUGGCUCAAUUGAAGAAACUCGAGGUAGAAAUGUCUGAAUCUUUCCUGGUGCACUUUAUCCUUAACACUCUUCCACCUCAGAAUGAAGCAACGUUUGUUGAGGAAAUUGCCUCAUUUAUUUUCCAUGAGAAAAUUAAUAUGGCACAAAGUGAUAUAGCUGAGGACCUAGUGGGGAUAGAUUCUCGUUUAUGUGAAAUCGAACCAUUAUUAUGUCUUAAGGCGGCUGAUGUUCGCAUCAUAGGAAUCUGGGGCAUGAGCGGCAUAGGGAAGACAACUCUUGCAGGUGCUAUUUUUGAACGAUUUCGUAAUCAAUUUGAGGGUUGCGUCUUUUUUGAAAAUGUUGGAACACAAUUGGAAAGAGAAGGUAUUGAAGGUUUACAAGAGAAAUUGCUUCCAAAAAUAUUAGGGCUUAAAAAUCUUAGUUUAACAGGACGCCCUUCAAUAAAGGCUGCAUUAGGCUCUAAAAAAGUCCUUAUUGUCCUUGAUAAUGUGAAAGAUCCAAUGAUCAUAGAAAAGAUAGCCAAAAAACGUGAUUGGUUUGGUGUUGGAAGUAGAAUCAUCAUAACUACUACAAAUAAAAAUGUGCUGAGGACUCAUGAAGUGAAGGAAAUAUAUGAGGUGAAGAAAUUUGACGGGGAUGAAGCCAUGAAGAUUUUCAGUCGUUAUGCAUUUAAACAAGACCAUCCUAGAAAGGAUUUUGUGGAGCUCUCCAAAAGCAUAAUAGCUUGUACUCACGGUCUUCCAUUAGCUAUUAAACUUUUAGGUGACCUUUUAUUUGAAAAGAGCAAACAUGAGUGGGAAACCAAAUUGGAUAAACUGAACAAAGAUCUUAAGUUGGGCAUCAAUUGUCUUCAAAUGAGUUACAAUGAGCUCAAUGAUGAUGAACAAUGUUUAUUUCUAGACAUUGCGUGUUUUUUUAAGGGUGAGAACAUAGAUUAUGUUGCAAAAAUACUUGACAAUCACAAUUGUUGCCCAAUUGAUGGAAUACAUGCUCUUGUUGAUAAGUCUCUAAUAACUAUUUCUGGGAACAAGCUUCAGAUGCAUGAUUUACUACAAGAAAUGGGAAGAGAAGUUGUUUGUCAAAAGUCCCAAGAGCCAGGCAAGCGGACCAGGUUGUGGAAGCAUGAGGACAUUUCCCUUGUGUUGAAAAAUAAUAAGGGAACCGAGGAAGUUGAAGGAAUAUCUCUCGAUUUGUCUCAUGUAAAAGAGAAACUACACUUCAAAACUCCGGCCUUUGCAAGGAUGAAUAAACUUAAAUUGCUUAAAGUGUACAAUUCUGGAGGUGCCUCCAAAAAGGGGAACUUGGUGUUAUUGACCAGUCUUGGAGGUUUGAAGAUGUUGGGUGGUAUGCGGCCAACAGAGUUCAAUCUCUUUCUGGAUGUGAUCCAUGGGAGCCCUCGUGAUAUAUUUUGUGAGUUGAACGAUCUCCAUUCCUUAGAGGUUGGUUUCUUCUGCAAUGCUUUCAAUUGGGAUGGAGUGAUGAGGGGGAUUGUUCUAGUGGAAGUGGGUGGUCUAGUCAAGGAGCAGGGAGAGAAAAGCUCUUGUAAGGGAACCCGAUCUUCUAGUAUUUAA